AUGCCGGGAAUUCUUCCCAUGAAGGUCAUCAAAGUGGGCACCAAUGCGCAAAGCAGAAUCGCCCAGGCUUGUGACAGGUGUAGGUCGAAGAAAAUAAGAUGCGAUGGAGUUCGACCUUGCUGCUCUCAAUGCUCCAAUGUGGGCUUUGAGUGCAAAACAAGCGACAAGCUGAGCAGGAGGGCAUUCCCCAGGGGUUACACAGAAUCGUUGGAAGAAAGGGUCCGUGGUUUGGAGCUGGAAGUUCGAGAGCUGAAGGAUCUCCUCGAUGAGAAGGAUGAGAAGAUUGACAUGCUCUCGAGGAUACAUUCUCAAUCGCCGCACCCAAUACAGCCUUCAUUAAGACGGCCAUCCGUAGCUUCGGUUGAGCAAAGCCAUGGAAAGGUUGAUACGCCACCGAAAGACGACAUAUUCAAAGUUCAGCAAUCACCAUAUCUUCUCGAAGAUGUCGGGACCGAUUCCUAUUUCGCGGGGACGUCCAGUGGACGUACAUUCAUUGAAGCCUUCAAAAGUCGAGUGCAGGAAGGCGGACGGUCGGCCCAGGAAAUAGACACCACGCUUUUACUUUCCAGCAGCUUCCGCAAAGCGGUAGAGUCACCGGAAGCAUCAUCGCCAACGAUAUUCUCAUCUCCUCCUCGGCUGGUUUCCGAUCAGUUGAUCAACAUCUUCUUCCAAGAAUGGGCACCCCUGUUUCCGGUUUUGCACCGACCAACGUUCCUGACACUCUACGGGCGAUAUAUAACGGACUGUGACACCGUCGUGGACAAGGCCGAGAUUGCACAGCUCAACUUGGUGUUUGGUAUUGCCUCUUUGUCACAUGGUGCAAGGUCUUCCUCGGAUAUGGAAAGCUUCGAAAGGCAAUGGAAAGCUGCUAUAGAUUCAAUCUUGUCCGAAAACACUUUGGCGACCCUGCAGGCUUUGAUACUGGCACAGAUCUUUUGCGUUCAAUCAGGCGAUCUCACAAAACUUCUCACCUACAAAGGAUUGUCGUCUAGCUUGUCGGCUCGACUUGGAUUGCAUCAGUCACAGAAGCGAUUCGCUUUGGGAACGUUGACUUGCGAGACUAGGAAGAAGGUCUUUUGGACACUGUAUGUCGUUGACUGUUUCACGGCAGUCGCGCUGGGCCUUCCCAAGCAACUCAAAGACGAUGACAUCAACUGCGAAUUUCCGGUGGACGCAGAUGAUGAGUAUGUCACAGAGCGCGGCUUUCAGCCCACUCUGCCUGGCGAGUCAACCAGAAUAUCAAGCGSACUCGCGCUCUUCCGUGCCUGUCGUAUCCUAGCAAAGGUGCUCGAAGAGGUGUAUCCAGCAAAAACAUCCUACGAGCUGUCUCUUAAGAAACUUGGCGAACUGUCCGAGGAACUGGACGCCUGGAGCAGUUCGUUGCCGCCACAUCUACGACUACAAUUCGCACAGGACAAGCCGAGCACGGGAACGAUCAGCAGUCGGUCUCCGCUGCUGUCCUUGACGUACCAUUACAUCCGUGCACUCAUCCACAGACCUGCGAUUUGCGCCUCGAUUGGUGCCCGGGCAUCUUCGUCAUCCAUGAUCGCACUGGCUGGUUCGUGCAAACACAUGAUCCAGAUUGUGCAGCUUUUGGAUGAGCGAUCGUUGAGCUUCACUUGCUGUCUGAACCGUGAUGAAGUUCUAGUGCUGGCUGGCUUUGGCCUGCUCUUUCAAAGCCUGAAUCUGGAGUCGAACUCCAAGAUCUUGAAGGACAACAGCAAGAUGAUCAAAUCCGCAACACAGAUGCUUCAUAAGACAGAAGCUCCGUGUGCUGCAGAGUUCGAACGAGUAUCGACCGCAUUCAUGCCUGCGCAGAAAGCUCCUUCCGCUUCGAAGGUCAAAGCCCCUCCGCUGUCUCGCCACAACUCCGACGGCGGCUCAUCUUUACAACAUUCUAGUCUCCCAUCUUCGACAAAGCAGCAGCUCAAAGCAAUCGCAUCUCGAUUCUCCGCCAAUGGCAAGGUCAAGACUCCGAACAUGGACGCCGUAGACGCAAGCAGACGAGCGACCCUGCCCACCAUCAGCCUGCAUCCACAUAGUCCACAAACCCAGAGCCAACCAUGCCUGCAGCCUUCAUCAAACAUUGCAGUCUCACGCUCCGAACCAGCGCGUAGUCCCGUCGACAUGUACAGCCGGCCCGUAUCCUCUGCGACCAACAUCAGGCCUUCAGCUCCACCCCCGCGGUUGAAGCCCAAGUCACGUCUCGUUCCACAGAAGCAUCCUAACCUCGAUUACUUAUCCUUCGGCAACGAUCCCGAGAGCACACAAACAUACUCGCAUCCUCCAAGAAUAGGACCAAUCAAAACCGAGCCUGGUCCGACUGAUUGGGAGAAACUGCUAGGAAACCUUGACAACGGCGACACGAACAUCUUCGAUGCUUGCUACGGCGGUCCUGCUGUGGAAUCUUUGAAAGUGCCUUCAAUGGAACUGCAACCCAGCAUCGUAGAGACACUAAUCACCGACUCUUCGAAUUCCUGGAACAACCCAGAUCUCUGGACAUUAUGUCAGACUGAAACAAACACCAGUGGUAGUAGCGGGCCUGCAGCCAGCACUCUAUCUCUGUCCACUGAUGAAGGGAGCAAUGAGGACUUGGCUGCUGAAUGGGCCGGGGAAAGCAUYCACGGGGAUCGCUUUGUAAUUAUCUCGCAGGGAGAUGAUUACUGGCAGUGA